AUGCUGCUCGUGCUCGUGGAGCUGAUGCUAGAGCCAGUGCUAGUGGAACUAGUAGACGCUGUCGAGAGAGUGAUUGUGCGGCUAGUUGACGUGCCCGAGGUGGAGCUACUGGACGACGAUGACCCGGUAGACAACGACCCGACAGUGGAAGUAGAAGGUGUCUGGGUCUUCGAGAGGGUCGUGGAUAGGGUCGUCGAAAGAGAAGUCGAGCUAGAAGACGAGGCAGUUGACAACAAAGUCGGUAGGGCAGUCGAUAAGCCAGAUGAAGACGUGGUAGUCGAAAGCGUGGUCGACGGUGCAGUCGAAGUGCUGGAUGAAGACAAGGUUGCAGAAGUGGUCGUCGAAGUGUCAGUUGACGUGGAAGUUGUCGUCGUGGGCAGUUGA